CACGCCCAUCCAACGCGUUUCUGACGCGUGUUUGCUCAGCUUAUUGGUGAACCUACAUAAAGUCAGCAGAUCUGACGCCUCAUUGUAAGCCCUUUCUUCCAGUUCUUUUUCCUUUACACCAGAAACUCAAACAUGGCAUCGUUUUUUCGUCGUCCUCCCAAUAAUUCAUGGUCUGACCACAUACUUUUGAAAAUGGCCAACAUUGUUGGAGCGCUCUUUGUCAUGGGAGCAAAUGGCUACACAGUCAUUUCUCCUUUGGACGUCUAUUACACAGGGAAAGAGACGUACUUUACUCCUGCUCCCUGGGCAUACUUCCUUUGGCCUGUCAUUCACCUGCUAGUCCUCGGAACAUGCACCUACCAGUUCUCCGGACGGGGUAAGGAGCUCAUUAUCGACACCAUCGGCUGGCAUCUCCCGCUUCUCGAUUUUCUGAAUGCUAUGUACAUCUAUUCCUGGACGAACCAGGAGUACAAAUAUUCUUUGGUUUUCAUCAUCUUCACUUGUUCAGUCGUAUCGAAAAUUUACCGAGAUGUGAAACUGAGCGCUGUACGCAAUAUCUGCGACGAACUCUUCCUGCAUCUUCCGUUCUCCCUCUAUCACGGCUGGACGACGUGCUUGAUCUUCACCACCGCCUUUGCGGCUUUUGGUGUGGAUGCCGAAAUCGAGCCAGAGAGGUUCUGGACCAAAGUAUUCGUCUUCCUCAGCUUGUUCACGCUCCAGGCCAUUGCAUCCGCCUAUGCGCUCGCGUCCGCAGAGGGCGAGCUUCCUGCUUGUCUUGCUGUCUCCUGGUUCAUAUGGGCUAUCUUUGUACACCAAACGGAAAGGUCGCCGUUUGUGCACUGGUGUGCGCUUGGGGCUGCUAUCCUGUCGUUGUGCUGGCUCAUGCGGAGUGCAAUCGGUUUGGAGUUUAAGAUUAGGACCAGAAACGCCAACAAUGGUAGGUUUUUCGGUGGUAAUGACAACGAGGGCUCUCGACUUUUGGGAGGACAUUAAGUGGAGGCAACAUCAUUGCAAGUGGAAUGAGGUGUUAGGGCGUUGCGCAAGUUGGUGCCCUGUGACGAGGAGCACGUGUAGUUUUUUUCUCUUUCAACCCUAUAUUUGUACACCAUAUGAACUCAACUUGAUACAUGUUCGUGACUUUAAUAGCCCAUAGUCCUUGUCAGCAUUUCAUCGAUGUUAAUUUAUCGUGUUCCGUGCGCCUAUUCCAAGA